CGGGCGCGGGGUGGUGCGGCGCCGCCUGCCUCCGCAGACGGCGCAGUCUCUCGCACUCGCUCGACCGCUGAGCAUCAGCCGCUCCACCGGCAAGCAGGAAGCCCUAGCAGACAACAAGCGACACGCAGAAGGUCCCGUUGUGCAGGCAACCAGCAAUCCGCUCACCAUCUCUCUGCCGGCCAGAGUUCCAUCCACGCAAGUCGGGCCAGAUUGACACGGAGCCAGUGUGGAUCUCCGAGGCGAAGAGCUAACGACCAUGCAGCGCCGCGAUGAAACACUCUGACUCACCUCGAGGGUGGCAGCGGCAGGAGGCAAGACGGAGCCGAAAUCUCCACCAGUGAAAAGAUGCCCUAAAAUGAUGAUCGACCCGCCGCGCACGUGGGAUGUCUUUUUGCGCGCGGCAAUAAUUUUGUUUGUGGCGUGGCAAGUCAGUGGAUUUUCCACCUCUGCUGAAAUAUUCCAAGAAGGCAAAUCGGACAAAGAAAUUUUGGACCAGCUGCUUCAGAAGGAGCGGUAUGACAAACGACUGCUGCCACCGGUACCAGGUACACUCACAGUCAACAUGAGUGUGCUUCUGCUCAGCCUCGCCUCUCCAGACGAGUCCAGUUUGAAAUAUGAAGUUGAAUUUUUACUACAGCAACAAUGGCACGACCCGCGGCUUCAAUACUCGAACGCUAGUCGGUACGAGUUUUUGAACGCGAUCCACCACCACAAUGACGUCUGGUUGCCGGACACGUACUUCAUCAUGCAUGGCGAUUUCAAGGAUCCACUCAUACCUGUCCACUUUGCGCUACGCAUAUUUCGCAACGGAACUGUAAAUUACUUAAUGAGGAGGCAUCUCAUUUUGUCCUGCCAAGGAAGCCUGAACAUCUUCCCCUUUGACGAUCCUCUCUGCUCCUUCGCCAUGGAGAGCAUCUCGUACGAACAGACGGCCGUCAAGUACGUGUGGAAGUACGACGAAGGCACCCUUCGUAAAUCGCCCAGUCUCAAGACGCUCAACGCAUACCUAAUUAAAAACGCCACGCAGGCCUGCAACACAAAGUCCAGUUGGCGAGGAAAUUACAGUUGCUUGCGCGUGGAGUUGAUCUUCACGCGGGACCGGGCGUUCUACUUCACGACGGUCUUCAUCCCAGGCAUCAUCCUGGUGACCAGCUCGUUCAUCACCUUUUGGCUCGAGUGGAACGCAGUGCCCGCGCGCGUCAUGAUCGGUGUGACGACCAUGUUGAACUUUUUCACGACGUCGAACGGUUUCCGGUCCACGCUGCCGGUCGUGUCCAACCUGACGGCCAUGAACGUGUGGGACGGCGUGUGCAUGUGCUUCAUCUACGCCAGUCUGCUCGAGUUUGUGUGCGUCAACUACGUGGGGCGCAAGAGGCCUCAGCACAACGUCGUCUACCGGCCGGGCGAGAACCCCGUCGCGCAGAGACUUCCCGCCGUUCUCAACAGAAUUGGCAUUAUUUUGGCCAGCCCGUUGGUAAGGCAGGGCACCGAGGCCAACAAGAAGGGCGGCGCUGGGGGCGUUGAACUCUCGUCACCCAUGGGCCACGGCAGUACAGUCACCACGGCAGGCCCUAACGACAUCGUGGCGUGCACCAACUGCGGCGGAGGAACUGACCCUUGCACACAUCCGGCCAAUAAUGGAUGCCAUGGCAGCAUCUCUGAGGUGCGCAAAAAGGAGCCGUCACAUCCAAUACGUGUUGCGAAGACAAUUGAUGUGAUUUCAAGAGUAGUAUUUCCAGUAGCCUUCUUCAUGUUUCUGAUUUUCUUCUUCAUCCACUACAAGGCUUUCUCGUAGCGUGGUUGCGUGCGGAUGAAAAAAGAAAAUAAGAGAAAGCCCAACGUUAAGACCGAUCAGGAAAUAGAAGGAAGAGAAAAGCGCGGCUCGAAAAUUGUUGAAAUGAAUUAAAGAAUGUUUGAUGCUGAGAGAUUUAUUUACAAAUGUGUGAAUUUUAAGAGAGAGAUUGUAUUUAUAUAUUAUACACACAUACAAUUAUGUUGUGCAAAAUCGGUUGCAGUGCAGCUAUGUUGAUUAUUAAUAUCAAUGUUGAGCCGACGGGAUGGGAGAUUACAAAUUGCAUUGUAAAAAGGUUAAAGCAGAUAAUAUAUAAUUAUAGUAAAUUCAAAUGGAAAGUAAUAAGAUUAUGAAAUUAAAUGAUGUUUGUUGUGUUGUUACGUUGAUUAAUUGUUCGAACUAGUCUUUUUACAUUCGGACUGUGAUAAUGACUUCUUAAAGCAAAAGACAAUUUGUAAUGAGUAGCUUUUUUACUCGCUCUCAGUGAACCGAUGCGUUAUAUUUAUUGAAUUGAUUAUAGAUUAAUCAAGAAGAUUAUCUUUUUGAAUUUCAUUUUUUUUUCGAUCGAAAUAAUAAUACUCUGGAAGUAUCUUCGAAAAACUAUUUACAGAUUUGUUGAUCCUUAAAUGAUUCUUCUGAUGUUUAUUCUAUUAAAAAAAGAUUGUGCACUGCUGUUUGCAAACAAUAUUGAACAAAAAUAACAAUUUUUUAGCAAAAUCAUGGAGAAAAUCUUGAUAAAAUUAAAAAUGAAUUUAUGUAUAUUGUUGAAGUGAAUAUUUGCGAAUCCACUCUUAAAUUAUAGAAAGAAAAAAAUAAAAUAUAUUCUAAGCCAUUUUGCACUUACGCACCACGUACCUUACUAAGUGAGUUGUUGUUGUCCGUACGAAUAUUUUGCACUGAUGAGACGUUUAUAAUUGCUGUUCAUAAGUGAUGGAUAAAUGAAUGUGCUUCAUAUGUGUUUACCAAUUUCGGAAAAAGCUCUGUACUAACAAAACUGCCUGCUUUCGAUGUGACACUUCUGUCAGCUGACCAACCAAAGUAAUGCCUUAUAUUUUGCUGCUUUCUAUUGAAAAUUUUCAAAUCAAUCAAUAACUUCUUCUCUUCACACUCAUUGAACAUUCCGGCUCUAUUCCAUCAGAAUUCAAAUUUUAUUAGAUGCACCUUUUCACAAUAAUUCUCAUCUUGAAAUUAUGUUGCAAAAAAUUACUCUGGGAUAUAAAUUUGGAGAAACUGCUGACGAAUGCUAGAGGCCUUUUUCAAUAUAAUUAUUCAGUCAUUAGAUGUAAAAGAAGAAAAAAAAUCAAGACCUAAAAAAACACUUACACUGUUAUUCAAAUGGAGCACUUGAUUGCACCGUGUUUAAAAUUAACGUGAUAAUUGCGGGUAACAAAGUUUUAAUUUAACAUGUAGAGAGGAGAUGAGAACAGAAAUGUUCCCUUCUGGAUUCCCAUGAUGAUACGCGCGCGCGAAAAUCGCAAUUUUUGAUAAAUGAAACAUGCGGAGGGCGGCUUUUCAAAACUUGCACACGACCCAGUGAUUUGAAGGAGAACAACAUUUUCGUCGCGUGAAUUUGAAUUUUCUAGCCGUAUGAAUAAAAAGAAAUUAGAAAAGCACUUUUCUCAAAUCCUAUUAUCUCGCUUGUAAUAAACCUUUUGCACAAACGCCUUUUCUCAUCAGUAUAAUAUAUUUAAAUAUCUCAAAUCGUAUCAGUUUAAUUUAAUUUCGUAGAAUCAAUCUAAGAAAAAUGUUGGAAGUAUACAUAUUAGAAAUAAUAUUAAAUCGAGAUGCAAUAAAAAGCGUGUAAAUAGUUUAUCAUACAUUUGUUGUUGAUCAAUAACAUACAAUAUGUGUGCCCGAUGAAAACGCCUGCCAGUCCGCUUAAUUUUAUGAUGACAAAAAAAUGCGAAGAAGGCUUUAAAAAAUCAUAACACAAAAUUUUUCAACAUUUACUCAAAUUAUAAUAUAAAAAAACGAGGAGGAUUCGGAAAGUAAAAAAUAUCUGGUUUCCAACACAACGAACGGAUAUUUUUCUAUACUUGGUGCUUGAAUCUGUUUGGAUUUGUGUAAAUCUAUAAUAGGAAAAAAAAACAUUAAUCAAAUAAAGCCUUCUCCAAAAAUAUUUUUAAUCGAAUUCAAAAUAAUUUCUCUGCUGCUUAUAUACUCGCACAUACAGAAAGAUUCCCAUUUCCCAUCGCCUUCUGCGAUUUAAAGUUUCAAAUUAUUACAGAAAAUUCUCCUCAAGCACACUCACACACACACGGUCAUUUCACUCAUCUUAAUGUCUUCACAUGCGAAUGAUAUAUAAGAGUCAUGAUUCUAAACGUAAAUCGAAGGACCAUAAUUUUGUACUGAAAAGCAAAUGAAAGCAGAGAGAAUGACCGGAUUUAAAUAAAACAAAAUUGAGUAUCGAAGAUAUAAGAAGAAGCAAAUCAGCUUAAGCGCAGAUCAAGCGAGCUUUCGUAAUAAGCAAUUUUAGAUUUGAGAGAGAAAAGCUGACGUUUAAAAGUAGAUAAUAUGAGUACGCAAUGCGCUUGGGCUUGAAUUUGAAUGCCGAAGAAAGAAGUUUUGCUGCUGUAAACAAUCAUACUUUUUAAUUCAACGCGCAACCUUUAUUACCACGCAAGAAAUAAAAGAAAAUCCAGGUCUUGUAAAGUUUAAAGUAAGAAUAACAAUUGUUCUAUUGUUGUAACCAUUUAUCAUAUCACGGAAACACACGUCGGCUAUUUGGAUAUUAUUAACUACUAAAAGUAUAUAAAAUAUUUAUUGGUAGGCCCUACUGGUGCGGACCCAGUGUAGUUUUAUAUAAAGAAAAACGAUGAGAAACUUUGUGCUAAGUAAGCGAAAAUAAUGCUGGUAAAAAAUGCUUUCAAACACUCGUAGCGAAAUCAACUUCUAACUCUAUAAUUAAUCCCUUGAAUUUGAUAACUCGGUACUUUGAGACCAACACUAACGCAAAAUGAACACUUCUAGUGCAAGUAGAGAUUUUAACAAGAACCCCCUGCUAUAGCAUUAAUUUAUUUCAAAUUUUCCAAUCGCAUAAUUUUGUACCUUUUUACUUCAGUGUUGGCCAAAGUCAUGAAGGUGUAGAUCUAAUUUUUUUCAA